AUGAAGACAGCACUUUUUCUUGUCAUAUUCCUGGUAAGGUCAAGCUUCGCUCUCAUAGACGAAAUCCCCCUCCCGGUGGACAUACAGAAAUGCUUUGACAACGCGUAUGAGAAAGGUAACCUGACCCGACAGAUCGCAGAGAAGCUAGUAUGGCACUGUGUGCACGGCUCCUUGUGGACGCGCACGGGAAGUGCCGCUCAGAACAAGAUGCCAGAAGUCGCUAUGAAGUGGUUCGCCGAACUUAUACACCAGAGCAUCAGAGAGGCACACAGCCGACGGCGGAUGCGGCGACAGACUGGCCGACGGCGGCUCGUCCCUCGUGUCCGUAUACGACGGGAGUACCGGCUGAUAAGCGAUGCUGAUCGGGAUCGCUUCCAUCGGGCCAUUAACAUGCUGAAGGAAGACACGUCGAUACCACCAAACCGGUUUGAUGCGCUGGGCCGUCUGCACGAGUUACUCGGGGUGCGCGCGCACGACGGACCGAACUUCCUCGGAUGGCAUCGGUUCUUCCUCAUUGUGGCCGAGAACGCGAUGCGUGAGAAGGUCCCCGGGGUGACCAUUCCCUACUGGGACUCCACCCUAGAUGGUUACAUGUCCGACCCCCGGGCUUCCCUCAUGUGGACUGACUCCUUUAUGGGAAACGGAAAUGGUUUGGUCCGGAGCGGGCCUUUUGCUGGAUGGACCACGUCUUAUGGACCGCUGAUGAGAAAUUUCGGCGACGGCGGAACGAUGAUGAACUGGACAAGCAUUCGGGACUGUUACCGUCGUACGCAUUUGGCGGAGAUCACGCAUCCGCAGGCGGACCCGGAAGCAAACAUCGAGGACCAUCAUGGAGAGCCGCAUCUGUGGAUAGGCGGACACAUGUCGCCCCAGGCAUUGGCUGGAUAUGACCCUGUGUUUCUUUUGCAUCAUUCCUUUGUUGACCUUGUGUGGGAGCUGUUCAGGCGGAUUCAGCGUCGCCGAGGAGUCGACCCUACCACUGACUACCCUUUGAAUAACACAGGCCCACCGGGACACCGAUUUAAUGACCCGUCAGGUUUCGGAAGUCUUCUGAAUAGGCACGCCUUGAGCGAUAUAUUUACCACGGAAAUGUAUACCUAUCAACUUCCACCAACGUGUUCACGUCAACGUCCUGUGUGCGGGUCUCCGUACUUACGUUGCGAUACGUCCACGGGAAAAGCAAAGUGCGUCGCAGCCUCUGUGUUUGAUACGCCGCCGGGUGAAGUGUUCGACAUUGAGGCCAUUGCGGCGGCGGCCGGUCAGCGGCGGAGACGGAACGCGGAAGGAUUCACCAACAACGACAAACACGUGGGCAACUACUUGCGUUACUUGGACAAUGCAGCAAAUAUAAAAUGUCAGCCCGAGAACAUUGAAUCUAAUGGGCUAAAUUAUAGAGGCUUCUUCAAAGACGUUGUCCACACGCAGAAAGGUUUGUUUGUGAGUUCAAUUUUGACUUACAUAGCGAUACGUACACCAACAAAUAUUUCUUCCGAAAUACUUCUGUCGGCAUACGAUUCUUGUGGGCGUAUAUGUCGUCCUUUCUGUAGAUCUGAUAUUCUUAGAGGGUAUAAACCUUGUCAAGGGUCAGUGCGUGUGACGUCAUCGUUGCCAUUCGAGUAUGGAAGUGACGUCAUGUCGAUUUCCGACAACGUGUGGACGUACGGGGCCAACCAUAUUCCCACUCUCAAUGAAACUAUUGUUUUUGUGAAGUUUUUUUGUGAUGAUGGCUUAUAUUGGCCAUGGUCCAGAAAAUAG